CGCGCAGCUCCUCCCUGCGCCCCGCACCAGAGAGGUCCCAGGGGCGGUGCAGCCCCGGGCGGGGGCAGGGCUUGGGGCCCGCGUGGCCGCGCAUCCGGAAGCACCCCGGGAUCCGCAGUGCCCGCAGUCCCAGCCACCAACCUCCCACUUCAAAUUUCCAGACUCCUGCCGCCGUCAUGCCGAAACAUGAGUUCUCUGUGGACAUGACCUGCGAGGGCUGCUCUAAUGCAGUCACCCGAGUCCUCAACAAGCUGGGUGGGGUCCAGUUUGAGAUCGACCUGCCCAACAAGAGGGUGUGCAUCGAUUCAGAGCAUAGUGUGGAAACCCUGCUGGAGACCCUGAAGAAAACGGGGAAGACCACUACCUACCUGGGAGCCAAGUAGCGGCAAGCAGCAGUCUCUGGCCAGCAGGAUGGACCCAAGGGGGAAGGAGCUGGAAAGGCAGGCUCCCCAGGACCACCUCCCAUUCUGGCCAGCUGUGGGAAGGAGGGGAGACCUAGGAGUGGAAAGGAAAGAGAGGAAGGAGCGCAUCAGUGACUGGGAGCCCACAGUGUUCCGGGGGAGCCCUUCGGCUCCCUGUCCCUCUUUCUUUGCCACCCUCUAAUAAAAUGGAGCUGGUCUUUGCUGGAAAA